AUUCACCUGGUUGAGAUUUUCUGUCGAUGUCAGUUGUACGUUUACCUUUUAAUUAAAACCAAUUAUCAUGUUUACUCUAUUUUUAGAUAAACUUACUAUUUCUUAAUGAGGUUACCCACUAAUUUGCUUGGUAUAUAACGUGAUAAAAAUUAUGUUAAGUUUUGAUUUAAAUUACGUUGAAACUAUUUCUUUGACCACAAAUGUAUGAAAUUUUCAAGUUAAGGUAAAACGCUUUCCACCAGUGGUUCCCAACGUCCUUGAUUAUGCAACCCUUUAACACAGUUCCUCAAAUUGCGUUUACCCCCAGACCAUAAAUUAUGUUUGUUUCUACUUCAUAAAUAUGUAUUUUCCGAUGAUCUUAGGCGAUACCUGUGAAAGAUUAGAACAAUCCCUGAAGGGGUCACGAUCCACAAGUUGAGAAUCACUGUUAUUUUGUGGCACAAUAGUUUUAGGUUUAAUUUGAAACUGUAUGAGAGAUAGAGCGAGACAUACUCACCUGAAAUUCAUGUAUGAUUUUUAAAAAAUAUCAUAUGUUUGAGAGCAACAUAAAUAUUUCCGCAUUGUGGUUUAUUUUCUUUUUUCAGUAAUACAAGUUAGACCACUAACAUCCAUUAUUCCUUUAUGAUGAAAUUUUGCAGACACUGUAAGCAAAGAGAUGAAUUCUAUUAUUGAUCCCAAUGUAUGGAAUUUUUUUUUUUAUUACAAUGUUCAAAAUUCAUUUUUAACACAUGCAUAAAUACUCUUACAAAGACAAAUAUGUACGAAUUAGAACAUUAAAAAAAAAAAAAAAGACAUGUACGGGUCGUGUAAAAUCGUGUAAAAACCCGGGGGCAUAGGGGGCACGCUUCUUCACUCUAAUUGGGGAGCAAAGUAAGUUUCAUAGCUUUAAAAAUUACUCGGUCCUAAUUCUGACGGGAAAGAAAUCAACCUGAUCCAGCUGAUGUUAGAUAUCUUUCAUGAAGUGGUUAGGGAUAUUUCCUUCAAAAUUAUUUCAGUUUAUCAAGUGCAUAUUGCAUUAAAUAGUUCUUUCAAACAGGGUGUUUCGUUAAAGCGAUAUGAAUUGCAAACUUGAUCAGUUUUUUUUUUUAUUUGGUGCUUGAUGAGACACGAUGAAAUAUCAAACUAGCGGGUAAUAUUGAAAUUUAAUAGGCUCUGAGCUGUUGCACUGGAGGAUAUGUCAGUUGUUUAUUAACGCCAAAUUGUGCACUAUUUUAGGAAAGAAAUUUCUGAGGCUAUCCGUUUAGCUUAUUAUUAAUAUUGACUCAUAAGUUCUUGUACAUAUUUGCACUAUACCGUGAUUGUUUUUUUAUAAUUUUCUUGUACUUAAGUUUAAAAAUUCCGAUAAAACGUUUGACUGCAUCUCCACUACAGCUGAUUUCGAGAAUUUAACAGUCACCUUCAAAACAAGUGCAACGGCGAUGACAGAAAUGCCGUGCAACAAGCAACAAAUCUUUCUAGUAGACAAUCAUACAAUGGACGUGACGUGCAAUGUGACGGUCGAUGUAAUGCAGGUGAUCAUCAGAGGACACAGUGUCAAGUCGUUGUGUUCUCUUUACAUCAGUGGAGGUGAGUACAGAUUUGAGGUCGUGAUGUUUUUUGUUUUUUUAUGAAAAGAGGCUUAGAGAGUAAAUGGUUUGAAGAGUAUGUGCGCGUAUUAUAAAUGUUACAUACUGUUACAAGAUUUAACAAAUUUAAACUGUCAUUUUUUUUUGUAAGGAACAUUAGACGAACAUUACGCGGCAAACAACUAGUCUACAAAGAAAAAUCAUACCAAAGCUAUUGAUAUUAGCAAUAAAAAAUUUAAUAUAAUAUUAAGUUAAUUAAAAAAUGAAAAAAAAUGAAAUGUACAAGAAAGAAAACGACUAUACCAACUUACAGCAGAGCAAGUGAAAUAUUAUAAUACUUUAAAUGUAAAUACACACCCACGCUGAAAAAACGUGUAAGACUCGUAGGUUUACUAAGAAUCUCUUACGUCUUUGACGGUUGCUGGGUGCCACGGCCGUCUAAACCGAGUCAGUUUCCCCAGCAAAAGCAUAGACAAGGAAAAAAGCCCCACCCACAUUCCGAGAGGACGGGACAGGUUAACCUUUGAUGGAAACUCAUCGAAGAGAAGGGAAACUCUGAAAUUAAACCCGUCGGCUGUAUGGCAGUGACACAAUAAACAUUCCAAACGCAUAAAAGGUAACAGUGAAACAAAGACAAUCAUCUUGGGUCGUUUCCUGCAGCAGGUCUAUUCCUAGUCAUCUUGAAUACAUAUUGCCAUUGGAACAAAUAGACAAAGACGAGAUAGUGAGUUGGCUCUAUUAUACAUAAUUCAGCUAAUGUUAAGGCUAAUCUCAAUUCAAAGCCUUGGUCAUUGACUCUUGCGAUGGACGAACAAUAAUGCCCGGUAAUAGUCUGCGUAUUUAUAGUGAUGGAGUCACAACCAAAAAUACUUGAAAGUCUAGAUAUUCUAAAAUUAAAUAGUAUUUCUUUCUCUAUAUAUUCCAUACUGGAAACGUAAAAAAACUUUUCCAAUCAGUGGAAGUAGUUGUAAACCUUUUGUUGGUUUCAUCAGCAAAUCUCAUUUAGUAAGAGAUGCAUGCGACGGCUCAAAGAAGAUAAAAAAACAGGCUGUUGCAAUUAGUGUAAGGCUUUCUGAUUCGAAACUGUCAUUGAGGACCUGUUUUUUUAAUUAUCAUUUUAAACUUUAACAUUUGUUAUAAUAUUAUUUAAUCUAUUUACGUAUUCUAAAAGUUAAAUUUUAAAACACUUACUUGCAGAAUGGAAAUAUUGCAUCAUCCAGCAUAAGGAAAUGUUUACAUAGAAACUAAAAAAAAAAAAAUAAUAAUAAUAAUAUCCGUAUGGACAAAAUCUCCAAGCAGGGAAAAAAUUUCCGAAAUUAGGGCAGCAUACUCUCCAAGACAAUAACGAGAUAAACAGUCGAAUCUUCAGAACUAAAUAUUGCAUUUUGAGGGCUCCAGCAAGAGUGUUUGGGAGCGAAUGUGUUGCAGUCUUGUCACUGAGGUGGAAAUAAAUAAGCAAUCGUAUUAACAUCUCUCCAUAUAUGCUAGCGAGCCUUAGACAGUGUUCAAGAAGACAAGCUAGACGGCUAAUCCAUGGUUCUUGGCAAAAUAUGGCAGGACAAGUCCGUGAAACAUAAGUCCAACAACGGUCUGACUUUAUAAAAAUACACACUCUCCUAUUAAAAGGACAAUCCGGCUGUUCAGAAGCAUAUUUGCAAGAAUGCCAGACUGCAGACAUUCCUAAUCGUUAAUGCUCGGUAAACUCCCAAAGGAAAACAAUUAACUGGUGGGCAGAAAAAUGUGCUUCACGAACGCCCUAAAACUUUCACACUAAUCCUUGCACAUUGACCCGGAUUCCCGGGAAACACGUGUUAUGGAUCAUACAAGCUGGCGAGAAAGACUAACUGUUGGAGAAAAAUCCUCAGAGAUUAAGCGCAACGCUCACGCCUAAAGAGAGCGCUAGGAAAAUUCCGAAUCACCUUAAAUCCAACUUGGACCCAAAACAAGGUGUGAUUACGUGCAGGAAAGCUUUCUAGGCACAUAAAGUCUGUCAGGCCAAAUGUGUACUCACCGUUGAAAAUAACCAUGGUAACCUUUACAUCCGAAGGCUUUACUGCCAAGCAAAUAAAUCUGAAGAUCCAAAUUCAUUGCGUCAAUUUUUACGUUGUGAUCCCCGAUUGAAACUUCCUCGUAGACACAAAUAUUUGUUCUUGAAGCUGCAUUUGAAAAAUUCUAAAUUGUUUGUGAAAUAGCGACAAAAGCAAACCUGAAAGGUUUACGUUGCAGUUUAAAAACAUAACUGUAUUAACUGAAAGUGUUAACUCUGAACGUAUUUAAUAAAUAGUUAAUUACCUAUUGAGGUGCAAACAGAUGAAUUAUAUCAACUUUAGAUAUUUAUGUGCCACUUAUUUUAAUAAAAAAAUUAAUUCACUAUUUUUUUUUGUUAACAAAUUCAGCAGUUAAAAAUAAAAAGAAACAGAACAGCUGCAUAUAUAUAUAUAUAUAAUACCAAUUUUUUUUUUCCUUUCGUUGUUAAAAGUUUAAAACAUUAUUCCUUUUAUUCAUUUUCUCCUCAUUUUCUUUUUCUAGCUCUAGUUAUACAUUUAACAGGACUCAUGUCAAAGAAGUUUAAACUAUGCGAUAGUCGGCAUUCACACGUUGUAAUAACAUAAAUGAUUUUUUUUUUCCAGAAUAAUAAAAAUAACCUUUUUUGAUGACAAUUAUGAUGUAGAACAGGGGUCACAAACUCGCGGCCCGUGGGCCAUUUACAGCCCGAAAGACGAUAUUUAUCGGCCCGCUACAUGACAGCAAAGUUUAGUGUUAAUGCGGCCCGCGCUUUUUCCCAUCAUCAAAUUUAUAAGGUGGCCCUCCACGACGGUCUCAGUCGAAUCUCACCGACUAGUCUCAUUCCGAUGUUUAUUAUGUUUCUAUAUAUUUCUUUGUUGAUUAAAAUGAUAAAAAUAGUUUUAAAAUCAGUUUCAAAGAUUUUUUAUCUUAUAGCAUUAAUUUAAUGAGACAAACAUGGCCAAAGUGCGUUUUCGAGAAAAAUUUACAAAAUAUCAGUUAGUGUGUAAUGCACAACCAUAAUUUUAUAAAUCGUAGCAGUCUGACACAGUAUUAAAGAAUCCCUAUUAAAAUUGCCGCUAGUGUUUACGAGUGAGUGAAAAUCCAAGCCUGUCACCUUGGUCACUUGCAAAAUAGGAUUAGUCAAAAAGGCACUUUCUUCUAUAAAAAAAUCAAAAUUCAUUCUCCAUACAAUAGCAUCUUCAAUCACAUCAAUAAUUCAUAAAUAUUGCCUGCCCUUGCCUACUGUUUGAACACGUUUUAGCCUUCAAAGCCUUCACGGAGAAGGAUGGGAUGGUUGUUCCUGUACUUAGUGAUCCCAAAUGGCUCAUAGACUUGGCUUUUUUGUUGACAUUACACAUGAACUGAAUAAACUCAACAAGAAGUUACAAGACCAGGGGUAGCUUGUCAUUGUUGCUAUUGACAAUGUCAUGGCAUUCUGCAUAAAACUUGUGUUAUGAUUCUUAGAGAAACCUUUGCAAUUUCACAACAUGCAACGUACUCUUGGACUCGUGCACACCAUUCAGUAGCAAGUAUUCUGAUGCCAUUGCAAAGCUACAGGAAAAUCACAUGUUUGCAGAUUUCAAAGCAAACAGAGCAACUUUUCACAAUUUGUUUACCCUUUCUCCUUCAAUGUGGAAGAUGUCGCCACCCCUUUUGCUUCAAAUGGAUCUGAUUGAUCGACAGUGCAAUUCUGAACUCAAGGCUAAGUACAGGGGCGUGAAUGGUAAAACAGACAACCGUGGACAAUUUAUGAGAGCAUUGCCCUCCACCUUCCCUGAUAUUUCAAGGUUGUUCAAGCGCAUCGUGUGCCUUUUUUGGGAGUACCCAUCUGUGUGAAAAGCUCUUUUCCACUAUAAACUUUAACGAGUCAAAGUACAGGGCCAAACGCAUUGAUGAAUAUUUUCAAGCUAUACUGAUGGUCUCAGUUGCUUCCUCACUCAAGCCAAAUGGGCUACAAGGAGUUGGAUGAAGAAAGGGAGGCUAGUUCUUGAGAAUCCUUAUUAAUUUUUAUUUGCUAUUAAUAAAGAUUGCAACAGCUGUAAUUUAUGGAGUCUGUAAUCGCUUCUUUGUGGAAUAAUUUGUGCGGCUCAGUCUCAAUCAGACUCUACCUCAUGCGGCCCCCAGUUGAUUUGAGUUUGAGACCUCCUGAUGUAGACGGUAUUUUUAUUUAAUAUUUUUUUCAUUUCCAUUAUCCCAUUCGUUAAACCAAUAUAUCAUUGUCAAAAGUUAAAACAUAUUGUUGUAGUCUGAGUGUUGAUCUAAUUUUACUUGAGCUUAGAAAGGAUGCGUCCACCACCUGUCUCCCCCUUGUUCGAAUAAUUGCAAAAAAAAUUCUAAAUAAUGUUAACGGGUGAUGCGAUUUCAAGAAACGUCUUUUUUUUUUUCUUUUUUUUUUUGUUUCCUUGAGUUUUACAACUACCUCCCUAUAAAUGAGCCGGCCGAGUUUUUGUGCUAAUUUCCAAGAUAUUUGUAUUUUGUAUUUUUCAGGGAUAUUUUUUUUUGCUGUGCUGCAAGUUAAUAUCUUUUUUUUCCCCUUUACAUUUGAUUUUAUAUGUUUUUAAAUAAAUUUAAUUAUAUAUUUAGAUUGAAUAUAGUUUUUAUAUCACUAGCUUUUGAAUCGAUUUUUUAAAUCAAUUCCAUUUUUCAAUACUUACUAAAAAUAUCUUUCAACAAACUAUCAACUAUCAGGUAAUUUUAGCAGACUAAAUUUUAAAAUCUUUUUUAUUUUUUUAAACAAUAUAUUUAACAUAAUUACAAGCUCUAUUGAAAUGUAAUAUUUAGAUGAAAAAGCAUAACUCUUUUAAUGAAUAGUUUUAGAGUAGUUAUCAGUCGACUCGUUCUUUUUUUUUUAAACGUCUAUAAAUCUAUAGAUAAUUAAAAUUUAAAAAAAAACAAAAACAAUUUAAAAUAAAUAAGUAUUCUCGUUUCAGAAAAGAACUUGACGUCGAUUUGUAUGUCUCAAUACCUAACGCAACUCAAAGUUUUUAACGAAUGCAUAAAUCCAAUUAGUUAAAAUAUAUCUUCUCUCUAGUUGUUUAUGUUCUUUUAAAAUCUAAAUAUCAUCGAGAUGUUGAAAAGAUUAAAACUCCUUUUCAACAUCUCAGGUCGAAAUGUCGCCUUAAAACAGAGUGCGUCUCAGACCUCUACCUUAGCGAUGCGUGCAAC